AUGCUGCUUGCCUCGCUUGUCUUGACGUUUUUCUUCUUCGAGCGCGCACGCGCACAGUGCGCUGAGUUGCCGUCUACUCUGCCGGGAGUUGACGACUUGGAUGCUUUGAACACACUCCCAGACCCUUUCACUUUCUACAACGGCACACCGCUAUCCUCUGUCGAUGACUGGGCGUGCAGACAGCAGGAAAUCAAGCAGCUAGUCCAGCAUUACUUCUACGGAUACUUGCCAGAUACAUCUGAUGAGGCAAAUCCGCCUCUUCAGACCGUCACCGCCAAGCUCUCCUCCGGCUGGCAGGGCCAAACCCUCGCCAUUACCAUUGCCUCCGGUAGCAAGUCCGCCUCCUUCAACGCCACGCUCACCCUCCCCUCCGGUGCCUCCGCCGACGCGCCCGUUCCCGCCAUCAUCACUCUCGGCGGCUUCGGGCCCUCCGCCACGGGCGCUGCCGCCGUGUCCUUCGACGCGGCGUCCGUCGCGUACGACGGGCCCCUCAAGACCGGCGCCUUCUGGGAUUUGUAUGAGGGCGACAUCGGGGUGCUGGCGGCGUGGGGGUGGGGCUUCAGCAAGAUCAUCGACGCGCUGGAGGCGGCGGUACCGGAGGUGGAUAUUGAGAGGAUCGCGGUGUCGGGGUGCAGCCGGUAUGGGAAGGCGGCGCUGGCGGCGGGGUUCUUCGAUGAGCGGGUGACUCUCACGGUCCCUAUGUCGAGCGGGCUCAUGGGCAUGGCCCCUUUCCGGUUCCAAUACGAGGAGAACGGAGCAAACGAGCAGCUCUCUGACAUGGACGACACCUCGAGCUCGUGGCCUGACGACACGCUGGUCUCCUUCAGAAAUGACCCAGCGCGUCUGCCCGUCGACUCCAACUUCAUUACCGCGGGUGUAGCACCGCGUGCUCUGAUCUGGGACGAAGGGACUACUGACUAUUGGACCAACCCCGAGGGCACCGCCGCCGUCACCUUCCCCGCCACACUUGCCCUGUACGAAUGGCUCGGCGCAGGCGACAACGUUGGCAUCGCGUUGCGCAAUAGUGGGCAUUGCGAUCCCAGUGGAAACACCAACGUCGCCGACUUCAUCAACAAGGUCUUCUUCGGGACCGAGACGGACCGGGACUACCACGAUAUCUCGCCCUUCACGGCGCACGAAGAGACGUUCCCUUUUGCCGCUCCUGAGUGA